AUGAGCCUUGAAUUUGACUCUCUGAACAUACAAAGGAAUCUCUUCAGGGAAGAAAGGAAUUGCACGUGUGUUGGAAACACAGACAGCAGGCACUUCACUAACGUCACAAACGCCAUUUAUCGAUUUAACCCCCUGCUCUUGAAAUCAGAGGAUCUUCCCAGGAUCCAUGGGCUGAAUGAGAGAAUCUCAGUUGAGAAUUAUGAGAAACAGGUCGAGUUCCUCUUCCAGCUGAUGAAGAACUGCGAUACGGAGAAGCUGCCGGAGCCUCACGCCAACUCCCACGAGCUGUGAGAAAUACACCUGAGAAGAGCAGCUACUCAGGUGGACUCUGGGAUGGCAGGGGAUGGGCUAUAGCAUCCAGUUUGGCUUUUGUAUAUUGUGGUUUACAUACAGAUGGAAAAACUGCUGGUUGCUGCUUGAGGCAAAUGUAGGGUUUGCUGGAAAGUGAUAAGAACCUGGACAAAACACAACGAAUAACGCUGGUUUCUCUUCCUCCCUGGUCUGACAUGCAGCCGUUAGUCUGAUGGUAUUAAUUUUUUCAGUGCUUUCUUUAAGCCUCUGAAAUUGGUAGUCACUUAAAAAUUCUAAGCUAUAAUCAGCAGUCACUUGCCUAUCAGUAAAAGAGGGGAAUUGUCCUGUGUGUGCUUUUGACAAACUCAUUUUAUACAGUUGAUUGAUUUUUCAUAAAUGAUGUGUCUUGUCAAAAGCCCACGUGAAAGAUUUGUGUCGUGGUGUAGGUUUCAUGUAAUUGGUAGAAUGACACUAAGAGUUUGUGGCACUGCUGCUCAGUCUGGGCUCCUCCCUGGGUGAUGGUCUCAACCAGCAUCAACAGGGCUCUCAACCAGGGGCGGUGAUAACUUGGUACUGCUGAGUUCUCCCAUGCAUGCACUGAUUUCU